AUGGACAAGGAAUCUUCUCAGAACUCCCCAACCACCAAGUUUAAAUCAAUUCCUCACGUAAAUAUUACAGAUUUGAUACCCUAUGAUCAGCUUGUUUUUGUAAAGUCCCAUAAAACCUCUCAAACCAAUAAAAAGAGGAGGAGUUUGACUCCCAAGCUUUCAACCAGUACUCAAAAUGAUAUUACAAUACCCACGACAUUAACAUUGGAUGAUACUCUACAGGACAAAUUUCCCCAAAUUUCAGUAAAUCCACUCUUAUUUCGACAGAAAUUUGAACGGAUGCUAUCGCACAUUGAGGAGCUGGACACUUUCGCCUCUACUCUGGAUAUGCAAAACACCAAGAAUGAAUGCUCCAAUCAAGAAAAUCUUGGCCGUUCUAAGAUUAAUAAGCUUAGGGUGUCAGCUUCCCUUAACAGAGUAUUACACAGGAACCUCAGGAUACCUACCAUAACUGAGAUCAUAACAGCUGCAACGAAUUUGAAUAUGAAGGUAUACGAGGAAUCCUCAGGCAAACAUACAGUUAAUGUAGAUUUUGAGGAUAAUCCCUGGUCAGAGUUGAAUCUUUUCAAGUACUUUAGAGACAAUGUUAAGUUGGAUACUUACAAGUUAGUUUCAGGAUCAAUUCGGUACACAUCCCCCUCAAUUUCCAAGAUUGUUCACUCUCACCUUCUCCUCGGUGGACCCAAGUGUGAUUUCUCCCCUCUUAUGUUUCAUAAGAAAGUCACUGAGACUUAUUUUAACAAUGAAAGCGCUGAUACUAACACUGAAAUCGUGGAUGAAAAUGAGAUAAUCAUCACCGUUAGCUUCUACCACAAUGUAAGAGGCCACAAAUACAGAGAAUUUGAUAUCUUGUCUUCACAAACACUCGCGAAUUUGACAGACUCGUUCAAAUGCUCAUCACAAAUCACAUCAAAAGACUUUCAUCUUAAUAUCACAGGCUCCUGUUAUAUGAUAAAUGGUGUGUUAUACCCGGACUUGAGGAAAAGAGCUGUUGAUUACUCUGAAAAUUUGCUAGAAUUCUAUAAAAAUAAUAAGUUGGGGGUUUUAAAAUCGGAUACUCCAAUUGAGCAAAAGGAUGCUAUUCUAAGUAACAUUGAUUUUAAGGUUUACGAUUCGGGCUAUUUUCUUCAUUACGGGGACUGUGAGCACAGAUUCACAGUGUCAAGUUUAAGAGUUUUCGAUAAAACUCGCGACUGUCCUUAUGUCAAGUGUUACCCACUUUGCACAUUUAGUCCGAACCAGCAUAAAGCGACUUGUCAAGUUUGCAAGGCCAGUGAGGCAUCAAAGAUUACAUUCAACUGUAUACUUUUGCCUGAAAAUCCAUCAUACUUAUGUGACGAUUGUCAUGAUAAUUUCAAACAAAUUGAGAUUGGGCACGAUGUUUAUUUUGAUGAAGGGCUAACACCUUCCAUUACCAUAGAGUACAAUGAGGAUUAA